CUUUAUUGAAGGAUUUAACGUUCGGCAUAGAAUUCAGUGUUGAAAAUAUGACUGUAGGGGAAGUUAGCAAGAAUCUACCAUGGGUCGAAAAAUAUCGUCCUUCAAAACUUGAAGAAUUAAUUUCUCACGACGAUAUAAUUAAAACAAUAAACCAGUUUAUGAAGGAGAAUCAACUACCUCAUCUAUUAUUUUAUGGCCCUCCUGGAACUGGGAAAACGUCGACAAUUUUAGCUUGUGCUAGACAGAUGUACACACCACAACAAUUCAAUUCAAUGGUUUUAGAAUUAAAUGCAUCUGAUGAUCGUGGCAUAGGUAUAGUGAGGGGGCAAAUUCUAAGCUUUGCAUCAACAAGAACUAUAUUUAAAGCAGGACCUAAGUUGAUAAUAUUGGAUGAAGCUGAUGCUAUGACUAAUGAUGCACAAAAUGCUCUCAGAAGAAGCAAAGUUUAA